CUCUGCCCCCCUUGCAGCCUUCGACCCCCCAGUCUCCUAGUCACGCGCUCUGACUCCUCCUCCUCUUCGUCCUUCCCUCACGGCCGCCAGUGCCGGGUCGCCUCUAGUCCCCACGCCCCCCUCCCUUUCCUCCCUCCUCCCUUUCCUCCUCCUCUUCCUCCCUAUCCCUCUUCCUCCUCCUCCCUCCUCCCUCCUCCGCGCUCGCGCGCUCCCUCCCUCCCGCUCACUCGCGCGCUCCCGGCCCCGCGCGCUCCGGGCCCCGGGUUUCUCUCGGCUCCUGCCUGUGAGGUGACUGCGCUGGGAAAUAUGGCGACCGAGGGAAUGAUCCUCACCAACCACGACCACCAAAUCCGCGUCGGGGUCCUCACAGCUGCCAGGAAGAAGCCUGCCAUGGUUUUUGGUGUCUCUGGAUCCCCUACCAUAUCAUCCUGCUCUGGUGGCUCUCAGCAGCAGCCAACAAACAGCUACUGAAAAUGCAAGUGAGUGACAGCUGCUUUAGGAACCUUGCAGAAGACCGAAGUGGGAUAAACCUCAAAGACCUGGUCCAAGAUCCUUCUCUGUUGGGUGGGACUAUAUCGGCUUACAAGAUAGUACCAGAUGAAAUAGAAGAAAUCAAGGAAACACUGAUAGAUUGGUGUGAUGAAAAGGAACUUAAUUUGAUUUUAACAACCGGAGGAACUGGAUUUGCACCACGAGAUGUCACUCCAGAGAAAUUCCCAACAUUCCCAUUUUGUGGGCUCCAGAAAGGGGCUACAAAAGAAGUAAUAGAACGGGAAGCUCCAGGGAUGGCCCUUGCAAUGCUGAUGGGAUCACUUAAUGUUACACCUCUGGGCAUGCUAUCUAGACCUGUAUGUGGAAUCAGAGGGAAAACGCUCAUAAUUAACCUGCCAGGUAGCAAGAAAGGGUCCCAGGAAUGUUUUCAGUUUAUACUGCCAGCCCUACCUCAUGCCAUUGACCUUUUACGUGAUGCCAUUGUAAAAGUAAAAGAGGUACACGAUGAACUUGAAGAUUUGCCUUCUCCACCACCUCCUCUUUCCCCUCCUCCUACUACCAGCCCCCACAAACAAACAGAAGACAAAGGGGUUCAGUGUGAAGAAGAGGAAGAAGAGAAGAAAGACAGUGGUGUUGCUUCAACAGAAGACAGUUCCUCAUCACAUAUAACAGCAGCAGCAAUUGCAGCCAAGAAGCAUCCAUUCUACACCAGUACUGCUGCUGUUAUCAUGGCACACGGUGAGCAGCCCAUUCCUGGUCUCAUCAAUUAUUCCCAUCACGCAACAGGCAGUGCAGGAGAACGGAUUCCAGAUUCCAUCAUUUCCCGUGGUGUUCAGGUGCUCCCACGAGAUACCGCCUCCCUCAGCACUACCCCUUCAGAAUCUCCUCGUGCCCAGGCUACAUCUCGCCUCUCCACAGCUUCCUGUCCAACACCAAAACAAAUUAGACGGCCGGAUGAAAGCAAAGGAGUUGCUAGUAGAGUUGGAUCCCUCAAACUCCAUCGAAAGCUGGAGGAGCUCAGAGAUCACCUAGAAGGCAAUGUGAAAGGAUACUCUCUCAGAGUAAAUGUCCAGUCCAGGUGCAGCAGCAAGGAGAAUAUUCUCAGAGCCAGUCACAGUGCUGUUGAUAUCACCAAAGUGGCAAGAAGACAUCGCAUGUCUCCAUUCCCACUGACAUCUAUGGAUAAAGCUUUCAUCACGGUCCUAGAGAUGACACCGGUGCUCGGAACAGAAAUUAUCAACUACCGAGAUGGGAUGGGAAGAGUUCUUGCUCAAGAUGUAUAUGCAAAAGACAACCUACCCCCCUUCCCAGCAUCAGUAAAAGAUGGCUAUGCUGUCCGAGCUGCUGAUGGCCCAGGAGACCGUUUCAUCAUUGGGGAAUCCCAAGCUGGUGAACAGCCCACUCAGACAGUGAUGCCAGGACAAGUCAUGAGAGUUACAACAGGUGCUCCAAUCCCCUGUGGUGCUGAUGCAGUAGUACAAGUGGAAGAUACUGAACUCAUCAGGGAAUCCGAUGAUGGCACUGAAGAACUGGAGGUACGGAUUCUAGUGCAAGCUAGGCCAGGCCAGGAUAUUAGACCCAUUGGCCAUGACAUUAAAAGAGGGGAAUGUGUAUUGGCCAAAGGAACCCACAUGGGCCCAUCAGAGAUUGGUCUCCUGGCAACUGUUGGUGUCACAGAAGUUGAAGUUAACAAGUUUCCAGUAGUUGCAGUCAUGUCAACAGGGAAUGAGUUGCUGAAUCCUGAAGAUGACCUCUUACCAGGAAAGAUUCGAGACAGCAAUCGUUCAACUCUCCUAGCAACAAUUCAGGAACAUGGCUAUCCAACCAUCAACUUGGGAAUUGUAGGAGACAACCCUGAUGACUUACUCAAUGCCUUGAAUGAAGGUAUCAGUCGUGCAGAUGUCAUCAUCACAUCAGGGGGUGUAUCAAUGGGGGAAAAGGACUAUCUCAAGCAGGUGCUGGACAUUGAUCUUCAUGCACAGAUCCAUUUCGGCAGGGUUUUUAUGAAACCAGGCCUGCCAACAACAUUUGCAACCUUGGACAUUGAUGGUGUAAGAAAAAUCAUCUUUGCACUACCAGGAAAUCCUGUGUCAGCUGUGGUCACCUGUAAUCUCUUUGUUGUCCCAGCACUAAGGAAGAUGCAGGGAAUCCUGGAUCCUCGACCAACAAUUAUCAAAGCCAGGUUAUCAUGUGAUGUAAAAUUGGAUCCUCGCCCAGAAUACCAUCGGUGUAUACUGACUUGGCAUCACCAAGAACCACUGCCUUGGGCUCAGAGUACAGGGAAUCAGAUGAGUAGUCGUCUGAUGAGUAUGCGCAGUGCCAAUGGACUGUUGAUGCUACCUCCAAAAACUGAGCAGUAUGUGGAACUUCACAAGGGCGAAGUGGUGGACGUCAUGGUCAUUGGAAGGCUAUGAUGAUCACCAGUGAGAGCAAAGCUUUGAUGCAUGUCUACAUAUCAUUGACUGUAUCCUGUAAUAUGCAACGGCACAGCUAGUUUUUCUGAUUUGGAUAAAAGUUGAUCAGUAUAGUCAACACCUUGACCUAUAUUUCAAAUGAAUUUAAAUAAAUACCUUUUAAAAAAACACCUAAAAAUAAAAUCUUAACAAAGAAAUUUCUUCUGAUUAUAUCAAAGCAACUUUUUCCUUUCUUGCAAUUGCUUUGUGUGUUCAAUGCUAGGUCUGAUAGCGGUAGCUUUUAGUAGACAGCAGUAGGUGCCUGCAGAACUUGUGUUUUUCUCAUCUUUAAAAUACAACUACUUAUGCUCUUUAAACAAGGCUGUCUGCUUAUUUAUACUAGCUUAGGAAACACUUGGAUUUCCCUUCUUAGUAUGCUUCAUAACCACUUCACAGAGAGCUUUGGCUUGUUCUUUCUCUUGUAUCUCGUGUUUAUGUGCACAGUGCCAAAAGAAGACUGACUGUGUGGAGAUCUCGCUCUGCCUUGGGGUGCACCACCCCCUUUGCAGCAGGGUCCAGGGGGAUCUUUCAUCCCAGCAGCCACCUGGCACAGUCCUCUUGGGCAGUAACUGGAUACCUUUUAUUUGAAUAAACAGAAAAAAAAUUGCUUCCUUAAGUGCUGACAGCCUUUUUAACCAAUACAUUUAAAAAUGUACAGAACUAAAAAAAUAAAAAGAAUCAAAGACUGAUCUUGUACAGAUAUUAGUGUUACCAGCAUUCAUGUGGAAAUUAAAUGAGCAGAGAAAUAAGAAACCUAAUGUUGAACAAUUCUGUACCAUAACAUUUUCUGUAAUGAUAUUAAAACUUAAUGAAUAAAAAAAUCCUUGAUCAUUAUUUAAAA